AUACAUUCUAUAUCCUACGGUAGCCCGGCUUCUUGUGGAAAAUACUCAUCGCGAAAACAAAGGAAGACAAAUAAUGAUAAAUGAUCAAAAAGAAAAUAGUUAUAGGCUACCUCUGGGCUAUGUGGGAGGGUCUGGUCGUCGAUAAGAAGGUUGGCAACGCGCCAUGACGCAUUGCAAGUCUACUUGCUCCCCCUCUCUGUGGCGGAGCCUGCGAAACCCUCAUAACGGAAAAUAUCCCAGCAACACACAGCUGGGCGAGAGAGCGCGAGCUGCUGUACAACUCCGUGUCUCGCGCCGCGCGGCAGUGCUCCAGUCUCAGCCUGAACUCCGGCAGCACUCUUUCGCGAUACUGAAGCGUCGGGAAGGAAAGAAUGCGGAAGAAUUGUCAGCACACCUUUUUGCCCACAGAACUGCAGAUUUUUCCGAUAUCGUCCGUUAUCUGAUUGUUUCACACUGGUCGCGGGAACUCGUGCGUAUAUGGGAACUUUCGUAGCCUUUCGUCCCUUUUACUUAUCGGAGGGUAGCGCUUCCUAAUCUCGUAUAAAAACCAAAACGAAUGCGAGUGCUGGUACCACUUACGGCUGCUGGCGCUACUUCUACUACUACUACUCGUACUACAACUACUACGUAACCGACCACUACAUCCGAUUCCUGCCUUUAUAUUUCAGUUACUUUGGGAAAAGGCUUAGGAAGAGCGGGGGAAACACCGUCCCUCUCGGCAUCAUGCGACAACCGGCGACUGCGUCCUUCCCCUCCCUCGGCCUGCCGCUCUUCGUCGCGCUGGCGGUCCUGCUCCUCAGCGUUCAGCUCGGCGAGGCCUCCGGCCCGGACCACAAAGCGGACAGAGACGGCUCCUCUCCGGCCAACUUCACGAAAGACCCGUGCACCGGAACGUAUGAGUGCCUGCCGGGCGUGAUCCUUCCAGCGUGGGAGCCCCAGAACCCGUCCUUCGGCGACAAGGUGGCGCGGGCGACGGUCUACUUCGUGGCCCUGGUCUACAUGUUCCUGGGCGUCUCCAUUAUCGCGGAUCGCUUCAUGGCGUCCAUCGAGGUCAUCACGUCGCAGGAGAAGGAGAUCACCAUCAAGAAGUCCAACGGCGAGACCACCACCACCACGGUGCGGAUCUGGAACGAGACCGUGUCCAACCUGACGCUCAUGGCCCUGGGCUCCUCGGCCCCCGAGAUCCUGCUGUCCGUCAUCGAGGUGUGCGGACACAAGUUCGAGGCGGGCGAACUGGGGCCCAGCACCAUCGUGGGCAGCGCCGCCUUCAACAUGUUCGUCAUCAUCGGCAUCUGCGUCUACGUCGUCCCUGACGGGGAGCACCGGAAGGUCAAGCACCUGAGGGUGUUCUUCGUCACCGCCACCUGGAGCAUAUUCGCGUACAUCUGGCUUUACUUGAUCUUGGCGGUCAUCUCCCCGGGGGUGGUCCAGGUCUGGGAGGGCCUGCUCACUUUGUUCUUCUUCCCCAUCUGCGUGGUGUUCGCCUGGGUGGCCGACCGGCGGCUCCUGAUCUACAAGUACGUGUACAAGCGCUACAGGGCGGGGAAGCAGCGGGGGAUGAUCAUCGAGACCGAAGGCGACCGGCCACUCCCCUCCAAGGUGGACAUCGAGAUGGACGGCAAGAUGCUCAACUCCCACGCCGUGGACUUCCUGGACGGAACCCUGGCCCUGGACCUGGACGACAAAGACCUGGACGAGGAGGAGACCAGGAGGGACAUGGCGAAGAUCCUGAAGGAGCUGAAGCAGAAGCAUCCGGACAAAGAGGUGGAGCAGCUGAUCGAGCUGGCCAACUAUCAGGUGCUGAGCCAGCAGCAGAAGAGCCGGGCCUUCUACCGCUGCCAGGCCACCAGGCUGAUGACGGGGGCGGGGAACAUCCUGAAGAAGCACGCGGCCGACCAGGCCAGGAAGGCCGUCAGCAUGCACGAGGUGCGCCCCGACGUGGCCGAGAACGACCCCGUCACCAAGGUCUUCUUCGACCCCGGCUCGUACCAGUGCCUGGAGAACUGCGGCACGGUGGCGGUCAACGUGGUGCGCCGCGGCGGCGACCUCGCCAACACGGUCUCCGUGGAGUUCCGCACCGAGGACGGCACGGCCAACGCCGGGUCCGACUACGAGUUCACCGAGGGCAUGGUGGUCUUCAAGCCCGGCGAGACGCAGAAGGAGAUCCGGGUGGGGAUCAUCGACGACGACAUCUUCGAGGAGGACGAGAACUUCCUCAUCCACCUCAGCAACGUGAAGGUGCUCGCCGAGGGCGGGGACGAGGAGAACCCGGAGGCCAAUCACGUGGAGACCCUUGCCUGCCUGGGCCUGCCCACCACCGCCACCGUCACCAUCUUUGACGACGACCACGCCGGCAUCUUCACGUUCGAGGAGCCGGUGACGCACGUGAGCGAGAGCGUGGGGACUAUGGAAGUGAAGGUCCUGCGGACGUCCGGAGCCCGCGGGGUGGUUGUUGUGCCCUACAAGACCGUCGAAGGCACAGCUAAGGGAGGAGGAGAGGACUUUGAAGACUCCCACGGCGUGCUGGAGUUCCAGAACGACGAGAUAUUCAAAAUUAUAAAGGUCAGAAUAAUUGACGACGAGGAGUAUGAGAAAAACAAGGCCUUCUUCGUGGAAAUCGGGGAGCCCCGGCUGGUGGACAUGAUUGAGAGUAAAGAAGAGGAAGUGGAGGGGGAGGAAGAGGAGCCCCUGACGGGGAAGGACGAGGAAGAGCGGCGCAUCGCGGAGAUGGGCCGGCCCAUGCUGGGGGACCACGUCAAGCUGGAGGUGAUCAUCGAGGAGUCCUACGAGUUCAAGAACACCGUGGAUAAGCUGAUUAAAAAGACCAAUCUGGCCCUCUUGGUCGGGACGAACAGCUGGAGGGACCAGUUCAUCGAAGCCAUCACGGUCAGCGCCGGCGAGGACGACGAAGACGAGGAGUGCGGGGAGGAGAAGCUGCCCUCCUGCUUCGACUACGUCAUGCACUUCCUGACGGUGUUCUGGAAGGUUCUGUUCGCCUUCGUCCCGCCCACGGACUACUGGAACGGCUGGGCCUGCUUCGUGGUGUCCAUCUGCAUGAUCGGCCUGCUCACCGCCUUCAUCGGCGACCUGGCGUCCCACUUCGGCUGCACCAUCGGCCUCAAGGACUCCGUCACCGCCGUGGUGUUCGUGGCCCUGGGGACCUCCGUACCGGACACGUUUGCCAGUAAGGUGGCGGCCAUCCAGGACCAGUACGCCGACGCGUCCAUCGGCAACGUGACGGGCAGCAACGCGGUCAACGUGUUCCUGGGCAUCGGCGUGGCCUGGUCCAUCGCCGCCAUCUACCACCAGUACCACGGCCGGCCCUUCCGGGUGUCCCCCGGCAGCCUGGCCUUCUCCGUCACCCUCUUCACCAUCUUCGCGUUCAUCUGCGUGGGGGUGCUGAUGUACCGGCGGCGUCCCGAGAUCGGGGGGGAGCUGGGGGGGCCGCGGACUUCCAAGGCCAUCACCAGCAUGCUCUUCGUCAGCCUGUGGCUGCUGUACAUUCUCUUCUCCUCCCUGGAGGCCUACUGCCACAUCAAGGGCUUCUGAGCGGACCUGUGCGCCAGCGGGAGACCCGAGGGGGAGGAGCCCGGAGGGGGAGGAGUCCAGAGGGGGAGGAGCGGGAAACCCGUAACCGAGAAGAAGAAAAGAAAACGGAAGUAGCAGCAGCAUAGCUUUUUAUAACUGUCGUGUUUCUACCCCUAAUACACAUGCAGACACACACACACACACACACACACACACACACACAUACCUACACACCCACACACACAUGCCUGCAAAUACACACACACACGCACAUGCCUGCUCAUGCACACACACACACACACAUAUACACACACACACAUACCUACAGACCCACACACACAUGCCUGCAAAUACACACACACACACAUAUGCCUGUGAACAUAAACACGCAUACCUACACACUCACAUAUACCUGCACACACACACACACACACAAACGCACUCACACAUGCCUGCGAACACACGCGCACACACAUACCUGCACGCACACACACACACAUACCUACACACGCACACAAACACACACACACAUACGCACAUGAACACACAUACACACACACACAGAUGCAUGAACACACACAACGCAAGCAGGCAUGCACACACACACAGACAUUUUCCAACUAACCUAGGAGUUUCGUGCACUGAAGAGACUAAACGUCCUUACUAUGAACUCAAAUGAAAGAGUAUCAUACCUACUGUAGAUCAGGUAACGUUCCCACGACGGUGGAUAUAAUGACAUAAAAAACACAGAAAUAGAAAUCUCUUAAAAAGGUUGGUGCCAUUUCUUUAAAAAGGAGGGUGUGUCAGUUUAGAGUCUCGUCAGCUGUAAUUACAUGGAAAAAACAUAAAGUUAAUAUUUGUAGAACAAAAUCAAUGUACUGGAACGGUAGCUUGUGAGUCCCUGCCCCAAUUAAUUUACACAUAAAUGUAGAAUUCCAGAUAUAUGUGAAUACAGAAGUGAAUGGUAAGCAUUAAUUACAGUACCUAGAGAUUUGUCACUUUAAGGUUAUAUUUUUAUCUGAUGCUUUUGCUUUGUGCAUUAAAUGGACUAAAUCUAAUCAGGGUCAAUGUUUGCUGCUAACUCCCCUUAAACUCACAGUCAGAGUUCUGUGUUUUAAAGGUCACGCCCAUAUUGUACCACAGGCACUAAUUCCAUUAGGUAUGCAUCAUUUACUGUGUUUCCACCUGUUUGCUUUUAAUCCUGUCACUCUAAUAGUCGAAUAUGAGGCUUCUGUUUCGAUAACCAUCAACCAUUUGAAAGUACAAGAUCCCUACGUUGUUACAUUUCUGCUCAGCUCUCCCUAGAAGUGAAAUAGAUUUUGGCUGUUUCUGGUUCACAAUUAGACGUUUAAAAAAUGACCGUGCCAAGAAAACGAGAUAAUUACAGAUUUUAAUUUGUUUCAUUUGAACUCAUCACAUUGCUCUCCUCACUGAACCUAAAUGAUGCCAUUACCCCAUAAUGGGUCUGGGGAAUUCUGUUGUUUUCUGACAGAUGCUAUUCUGCUUAUUUAACCCCCCCCCCCCUCCACCCCCGCCAGCCUGUCCCCAAAAGCAAAUGUAGAAUUUUUUUUAAUUCAGAUUGUAUUACUUCCGCUGUUCCUCUUUAAGUGAAUGUCAUAGAUCAGCACUGCUGUAAACAUAUAGAAAUUUGCCAUACUUGUUGUUUUGUGUAAUGUGGAAACCUAAUAUCUGUGUCAGUUUCUCUGAGUCAUUCUACCAGUUGGCUUGUCUACUAUCAGAUUCCCUAUCAUACUGAAAAGCAGCGGUAAUCGACCCUGUUCCUGGAGUUCUACCAUCCUGUAGGUUUUCAUUUCAACCCUAUUUUGGCACAACUGAAUACUAAUUAGCCGCUCAAUGAGAUUUCUGGCCUACAGGACGGUGAUGGGAUGCAAUACCUGUAUAUGGCACAGGCCACUGCUGAUAUUAUUGUUCUGGCAACACCUAUUUUUUCCAGUUUCGUUCAUGGUUUUGUUCUUCUUCAUGAAAAUCAAGUCAUAAUUCGGUUUUAUGAUAUCAAUCAUAUCAACAUUUAAAUAUCACUAGUUUCGGCUUAAUGUGUCCAGUGUGCAGAUGAGCAGAGGUGGAAUAUCCAGGUUCAGACAGUAAAAUCCUCCCCUGUACUUUGUUCAAAUCACCUGGAUUUACUAAUUCGCACAAUUCUUCAGCCAGGAGGUUUAACUAAUCGGUGAAAUCAGCUGGCUCAGUGUUCAUGGGUGGAAGAAACACAUGGCAGGACUUUUACUUUCCGACCCCAGGACUUUCCACCUCUAGAUGUGAGGAUAGCUAAUAAUUCACCUGUUUACCUUAAACUAAAUUAAACUAAAUAUUUUCUGUUGUAAAGCUGGGGAAAAUAUGUGAUGUAGACCUUACUCUCUUUUUCUCUAAUUCAAACUGUCAUUUACGACAUAAAGGGUUUGUAAUUCAGUGUUGUCCGAAUCAGUAUUGCCACACAAAAAAAGAUCUAGUAGUAAUUGGGAAGGACAAGCACUGAAACUUUCAAUUUGAAUUUCAAGAAGGCAACUAGAUUUCUUACAGAUUUUGUUUUUAUGAUCUGUGUCUGCUAGCAGCCUGGUUUUGGAGUAUGGUCUCUUGUAAGAUUUACUUUUCUUGUCCUUGUAACUAGAAUUUUCAAUCUCUGAAGAUUAGAAUAGCAGAAUGUCCAUAGGCUUGGGUUUUCCAUCAUAUUGCAGUUUUCUCCACAUUUUGCCAAAGGGAAAUAUUUCUAGUAUUUCUAAUAUUUCUGAAAGUGCUCGUAACACCCAAUCAGAACAGUAGAUUUUCUAUCUGAAAUGUACAUUUGUUAAUGGCACCAAAAAUGGUUCAGCUUCUAUCUGUGGUAUAAAAAGUUUGUUUUACCUGUGUAGAAACUUUCGUAAGAGGAUUUGUAUGAAAUCUAGAAACUUCUGCAUUUGAAAAUUUAACAGCCAUCUUAAAGGAUUUAAAAGUUAUUGUCAGGGUUUGGUGGUCCUCAUUGGUCUGUUAAUUAUGAAGAGUGUAAAAAAUAUCAAUGGGCUGUCUAGUGUAGUCGCCAUAACUUUCUUUCCCCAUUUGUUAGGCAGGUUAGUGUUACUCCUAACUUGGGCAUACCAUCCCCGGAGUUCAUAUGUACAUUUGAGUCAAAUUUUUUUUUUAAAUGGUUAAUAAUAUUUUUGGCCCACAAAUGAAGGAAAACAGGCGGCGUGCACUUUUGAACUGUUUGAGCAGAAAAUUCAACUGGCAACGUCGACGUCGCCGAUCCAAUGAAGGAGGACCUGCCACAGCGUGCGCGCGUGCGUUCCUGACGUUUUUCUGACUGUUAAUGAACUUUUCGUUGAUAGAAAGGACGAAAAAAACAAAAACUAAAAACUAAAAAAAAAAAAACAAGAACUGGACCUCUCUGUACCCUUGUAACCGGUUAUCUAACUGACUUAAAAAAAGAGAGAAAAAGAAAAAUCUAUGAAGUACAGCCAUAACAUGGUGUCCUGUCGCAGUGACGGUAUCUAAAGGACUCGUUCUGCUCAGCCUCUCGUCGCGUGACUGCGUACCGGCACGCUGUCGUCAUGGCGAGCUGUCGUCAUGGCGCACUGUCGUCAUGGCGCGCUGUCGUCAUGGCACGCUGUCGUCAUGGCGCGCUGUUCUGCCCCUCCCCCCGCCCCCCCCCGCCCCCUAAUCCUCUUCCGCCAUGUCCAUAUUUGGGAAUGUUAAUGUGGUACUUGUUAACACUGUGCAUGGAUGAAACGUCUGUAAAUACUAAGCGGUAUCCCAUUCGUAAAUGUUGAGGACGGUCUGAAUGCUGUAUAGAUUUUGGAUGUAGGUUGUUUUUUUUGUUUUGUUUGUUUCUUAUUUAAAUGAGGCUAUAUGUCCUUUGGUAACUCGCACAUUUGAAUGAAAAGGCAAUAUUUGGCUUUUGUGUAUAGGAGGGUGGAACAUAACGAAAUUCUGUAUUUAAGGGUGGGGGGGGGGGUUGCAUGAAUAUUUGUACAAACAGACAAUGCUUGCUUGAGGACUUGGUUGUAUUAUUUGACAGUUGUAGAGAACUAUGUACAUCAAAGGAUAUUUUGUCAUUUAAGAGCUCAUGUGUAUAUACUGUACAGUAUUGUCAGAGGCCACACGCUUCAGCAUUGCAUAGAGAACUCAACAUAUUUAUUAUUAUGAAGCCCUUGGUAAACACAAGAACGACACAUAUUGCCUUUUUUGUGCAGCAGUUGCUUGAAGCUUGUUUAGUUCUGUUCCUUUGUGCUGAGCAGUGUAUGUUUCUAAUAUUAAAAUUUGUUAUUAUCAGAUUUUUUUUCUAUUAGGGGGUGGGGUCUUUGAUAUAUAAAUUCAUCGCUUGGAGGCAUUAGGUAGAUUAAUGCUUAAUACCUGUCCAUGCAGUGACAGGUGUCAGUAACGCGUCCCUUGAUGUACAGUACUUGAGCUUCCGGCUGUCGGUAGAGAGAUUUUCACAUCUCAGGGCCAAAAAAAAAUGUAAUAAUAAAAAAUCUGACAAGAUGGUGUACAAGCAGCAGGUUUGUGAACAGCGUACUAUGAGCAGACUAACAAGGUCUCCGCAGUCGUUUAGUCCACCUGCUCCAGAAGUUUCACGGCCUCGCCUCUCGUUGAGGGUAAAUCUCUCUGAUUGGACGCUUGAAUCAUAAUCAGGGACCUUCGUCAUACACCGUUUGUUGAUUGAUAUCAGCACUACACCCCACUGCUCACAUGGACUUGUUUCUGUUAUUCGAGGUUAAGAUAUCUGUCUUAAUUUACAGGGUUUCGCUGGGGAUUUCCUAUGUCUUUUAGGUUUUUUCAUUUGUUUUUAAAUAGUUGAAGAUACUGUAAUAAGUUUUCUUGAUUAUUAUUAUUUUUGUCUUUGAUGUUUUGUUUGGUUUUUUUUGUUUGUUUGUUUUUUUGUUUAGUAUUUCUCUUUGCACACAAACAUAGGAAGGACAUACACUAACUGUGAUUGCUGUACACGGUACACUUCUUGACACAAAAAUAAAGUUUGGGAUAUCCUGUUUGAAAAGA